CGCGUUGCUACUAAACGCGCCAAAGUUUGUUUUGCUGUGUGGCUGGAGGAAGCAGCGGAUAUAUAAUAUACUCAUUAAUAAAUCGUGUUUUCUGCGCUAACACGCGCUUAUUAUUUAUAUGGGAGAAUUUCCCCUUAAUCCACUACAGAGCUGCGGUGUGUGAGUGUCUGUUCAAUUCAGAUAAUGGCUGUUCCUUUUGUUCAAGACUGGGAUCUGGUGCAGACCCUAGGAGAGGGUGCAUAUGGAGAGGUACGCCUGUUAGUGAACAGAAAGACAGAGGAGGCAGUGGCUGUGAAAGUUGUCGACACAUCCCGAGCUAAAGACUGUCUGGACAAUGUGAAGAAAGAGGUUUGUGUGCACAAGAUGCUGUCACACGCCAACAUCGUGCGAUUCUUCGGGCACAGGAGUGAGGGGCCCAUCCAGUACAUCUUCCUGGAGUACUGCAGUGGAGGAGAGCUGUUUGAUCGAAUAGAACCUGAUGUGGGAAUGCCAGAAAAAGAGGCUCACAGGUUUUUCCAGCAGCUGAUAGGAGGAGUGGAAUAUCUUCACAGUAUUGGGAUCACUCAUCGCGACAUCAAGCCAGAAAAUAUUCUGCUGGAUGAUAAAGAUAAUCUGAAAAUCUCAGAUUUUGGUUUGGCUACGAUGUUCCGGCACCGCGGGCGCGAGCGUAUGUUGACCCGGCUGUGUGGGACGCUGCCCUACGUGGCUCCAGAGCUGAUGUCCCGGCCGGAGUUUCACGCUCAGCCUGCAGAUAUCUGGGCCUGUGGCAUCGUGCUCACUGCUAUGCUGGCUGGAGAGUUACCGUGGGACCAGCCCAGUGAAAGCUGCCAGGAGUAUUUUGAUUGGCUGCAGAAGAAAACCUACCUUACACCAUGGAAGAAAAUUGACUCCAUCCCGCUGGGCCUUUUAACAAAGAUGCUGCUACACAGUCCUGAAGACAGACUGACUAUUCCUCAGAUUAAGAAGCACCGCUGGUUCAGCCGGAGCUUCAAAUCAGCUAUAAAACGGCAGAGUGACACACACGGGCCAGUAACUAAGCUGCUGAGGUCUGAUUCUGAGCAGCUGGCUCGAACUAACAGUGAGGACCGGGUUCAGAUCUCCAGCUCUCAGCCAGAGCCACAGGGAUUAUGGGAAGUCCGGGAGGACGUGGUUCACUCUGAUGGAGCUCAGGUCAGCUUCUCACAGCCUGCCUGCCCUGAUCACAUGCUGCUGGGUAGCCAACUGAUGGGCACGCCAGGUGCCAGUCAGAACCCGUGGCAGAGGCUGGUGAAGAGGAUGACCAGGUUCUUCACUACACUGAAUGCAGAGAAGUCCUGCACUGCCCUGCGUGAUGCCUGUGUUGCCAUGGGCUACACAUGGAAGCAGAGCUGCACCAACCAGGCAACAGUGUCUACGUUGGAUCGCCGUAAUAAUAAGCUGAUCUUUAAAGUGCACUUCUUAGAGAUGGAGGAACGCAUUCUGCUAGAUUUCAGACUAUCGAAGGGUGAUGGCUUGGAGUUCAAGAGGAUUUUCCUGAAGCUCAAACAGAAGCUGGCUGACAUCAUCAGUAACCAAAGGGUUCCUGUUCCUUUUACAUAAAAUAAAGAAAUCACCCGUGAUUUUAAUAUAGGUUAAACAUCGGUGUAAUGCAGCUAAACACUUACCCACAACACUUAUCCGUUAUUUUUGUUGUCUUUUGUUUGUUUGUUGUCUGCAUGUCUUGUUCUUAUUAUAUAUGUUAGUACUCCUGUCUGUGUCUGUAAUAUGUUUUACCUGGUGUAGUCUGACCAGUGCCUCCAUGUUUUUUUAGCGUGAGUGUGAAGAGUGUUUGUAGUACUGUUUUACUGUUAAACCAACAUGUGAAGACCACACCCUGUCUCUUUUAUUGAGGCUUAUAAUCGCCUGGUUAUUUUUAAGAAAAAACUGAUAAUAAAAGAUCAAAUUAUAAAAAAAA